AUGGGACGUCUUUUUAAUCUUGUCGGUGCGAUAGCACUGUCUUGCCUUGCGAUUGAGUCAGCUGCAAGGACGGUGGGUUAUUCACCAAAGGAAUGGAUCAAGCCAUAUCCAAGAGCACCACUUCAGGAUAUUGUUACUUGGGAUGAGAACUCGUUGUUUGUGCAUGGAGAGCGAAUAUUCUUCUACAGUGGUGAAUUCCAUCCUUACAGACUUCCAGUUCCAGACCUGUGGCUUGAUGUCUUUCAGAAGAUCAAAGCCUUGGGCUACAAUGGCGUCUCGUUCUACAUUGACUGGGCGUUGCUUGAGGGUAAGCCAGGGGUGUAUCGUGCUGAGGGAGUGUUCGCUCUUGAACCCUUCUUUGAGGCUGCUAGUAAAGCUGGGAUUUACCUCAUUGCUCGGCCCGGACCAUACAUCAACGCUGAAGCCUCUGGGGGGGGAUUUCCUGGGUGGCUCCAGAGGAUUAACGGUACCCUGAGGACGCGAGCUCCUGACUAUCUCAAAGCUACCGAUCUGUAUAUUAACCCACAUUACGCAGCUUCCGUCGGAAAGGCCAUUGCAGCUGCACAAAUCACCAACGGCGGUCCUGUAAUUCUCGUCCAACCCGAAAACGAGUACUCUGGUGCUACGUCCAAUGUCCCAGAAUUUCCGGAUGCGGUCUAUAUGCAAUACGUUGAGGACCAACUGCGCAACGCCGGUAUCAUUGUUCCGCUCAUUUCCAAUGACGCCUCACCCCACGGCUACAAUGCGCCGGGUAAGCCUGCACCGGUCGACAUUUACGGUCAUGAUGGAUACCCGCUGGGAUUUGACUGCGCGAAUCCAACGACGUGGCCCGAUGGCAAAUUACCAACAAACUGGAGGCAAUUGCAUUUACAACAAAGCCCGAACAAUGCAUUUUCGAUCGUUGAGUUCCAGGGCGGAAGUUUUGAUCCUUGGGGUGGACCCGGAUGGGAUAAGUGCUCCACCCUCGUGAAUGAGGAAUUCGAAAGAGUGUUUUACAAGAAUAACUAUGCGUUUGGCGUCACGAUUUUCAACAUCUAUAUGACAUAUGGUGGAACGAAUUGGGGCAAUCUUGGCCAUCCAGGGGGAUACACGAGUUACGACUACGCCGCCGCCAUCCGCGAAGACCGACGCGUGGAUCGGGAGAAAUACUCAGAGCAAAAGCUUCAGGCGAACUUCUUCAAGGUUUCUCCGGCUUAUCUGACCGCAACCCGUGGUAGUGCUUCCACGACGGCGUGGACGACAACUUCGGCACUCACGGUUACCCCUGCGUUUGGAAACGGUACCGGCACAAAAUUUUACUUCUUACGGCAUUCGACGUAUAACUCGAGGGAGUCGACGAGCUAUAAGUUGAAGAUUCCAACGUCGGCUUUUGGCAACAUCACGGUGCCACAGUUGAACGAUACGAGUUUGACCUUGAAUGGACGAGAUUCGAAGGUACAUGUUAGCGAUUAUGAUAUUGGCGGUACAACGCUGGUCUAUUCGACUGCCGAAGUUUAUACAUGGCACAAGUAUGCGAACAAGACCAUCCUCAUCGUCUAUGGCGGCCCAGGGGAGAUCCAUGAGCUCACAGUCGCGGCAACAGGGUUAACGGUAUUAGAAGGGAGUGUCAGGAGUAUCAGCACAAGAGGUUAUACCUUGAUCAACUACCAGGCUACGAGUGAGAGGAAGUUAGUCAAGGUUGGUGUGAAUGAGAAUAUCUACAUCUACCUUCUAGAUCGCAACUCUGCCUACAACUACUGGUCCGUUGAUCAAGGGCCCCACGACUCCUCGAAUCCUAUCAUCUUGCAAGCAGGCUAUCUUAUGCGCAGUGCAAAGGUUCACGGAACCACACUAGCCUUGACCGGAGACAUGAACGCCACCACGCCCAUUGAGAUUCUCGGUGGCGUUCCUUCCGGUAUAUCAAGCUUGACUUUCAAUGGCGAAGAUUUCUCGUUCAAGACUGACAAGAAUGGUGUCGUUACGGCCAAUAUCGACUACCCAAAACCUAAACUUGCUAUCCCCAAACUCAAUUCUUUGAAAUGGAAGUACUUAGACUCACUCCCAGAAGUAAAAUCCUCUUACGACGACAGCAAAUGGACAAACGCGGAUUUAAAGAAGACCUACAACAGUCUCCGAAAACUUACCACUCCAACUUCGUUGUAUUCUUCGGAUUACGGGUACCAUACCGGCACGCUACUAUACAGAGGCUCAUUCAUCGCUACUGGAUCAGAGAAGACAUUGUAUCUCCAAACACAGGGCGGCUCUGCAUUCGGCAUGUCCGCCUACCUCAACAGCAGUUUCCUCGGUUCAUGGCGUGGCUACGAUGCCGCCACAAAUGGCAACAAUACCUUCACCCUCCCUAAUCUCUCCUCCGGCAAGAAAUACAUCAUCACCGUCGUCAUCGACAAUAUGGGCCUGGACGAAGACUGGACUAUCGGCACCGAAACAAUGAAAAACCCACGCGGCAUCCUGGACUACUCCCUCUCCGGCCACAAUCAAUCCUCCAUCUCGUGGAAACUCACCGGUAAUCUGGGGGGCGAAGAUUACCUUGAUCUUUCUCGUGGCCCGCUAAAUGAAGGCGGUAUGUACGUCGAACGCCAGGGUUUGCACCUCCCAGGUGCGCUCUCGGCCGCUGUGGGCUGGAAAGACAGUGCAGGUCCUGUUGCCGAUGGUAUUGCUGGACCAGGCAUCGGAUUCUUUGCUACGGAGUUCGAUCUUGGGCUUCCGGGCGGCUACGACAUUCCCAUGUCGUUCACGUUCUCUAAUUCGAGUGCGAAUGCCACGGGCGCAUAUCGAGCGCAGAUUUUCGUUAAUGGGUGGCAGUUUGGGAAGUAUGUUAGUACUGUCGGACCACAGACGACGUUCCCUGUACCCGAGGGGAUAUUUAACUAUCAUGGGAAGAAUUAUCUUGGUGUUACAGUGUGGGGUUUGGAUGGGGGACCUAUGAAAGUUCCGGGGUUGGAGUUGGGGAUUGAUGGAAUUGUGUGGAGUGGGUUUGGGGAUGUGGGGGCUGUGAAGGGGCAAGUGUAUGAGAAGAGGCCGGGUGCAUAUUAA